GGCACCCGGCGCUUAUAGGGCCAGGAAUGAGGGUGCCGCCGCCGCCUAGUCAGUCGUACGUCUGUUGAGUCCCCGCCGCCGCUGUGCUGUCGUCGCGGCGCCCCCGCCCGGUCCUCCGCUUGCCCGCACCGCCCCCCGGAGCCGGCCGGCCGGGCGCGGAGCCAGAGCCGAGUCCCCGCCAUGCCGGCCCGGCUGUUGCUGCUGUUGGCGCUGCUGCUGUCGGUCCUCGGGAUUUUUGGAAGUACCAGCACAGUGACGCUUCCUGAAACCUUGUUGUUUGUGUCAACCCUGGAUGGAAGUCUGCAUGCUGUAAGCAAGAGGACAGGCUCCAUCAAAUGGACUUUAAAAGAAGAUCCAGUCCUGCAGGUUCCAACACACGUUGAAGAGCCUGCAUUUCUCCCCGAUCCCAACGAUGGCAGCCUGUAUACGCUCGGGGGCAAGAAUAAUGAAGGGCUGACGAAACUUCCUUUUACCAUCCCGGAGUUGGUCCAGGCAUCCCCAUGCCGAAGUUCAGAUGGAAUUCUCUACAUGGGUAAAAAGCAGGACAUUUGGUAUGUGAUUGACCUCCUGACUGGGGAGAAACAGCAGACUUUGUCAUCAGCCUUUGCAGAAAGUCUCUGCCCAUCAACAUCUCUUCUGUAUCUUGGACGAACAGAGUAUACCAUCACUAUGUAUGACACCAAAACCCGGGAGCUCCGGUGGAAUGCCACCUACUUCGACUACGCAGCCUCACUGCCUGGGGACGACCUGGACUACAAGAUGUCCCACUUUGUGUCCAAUGGUGAUGGGCUGGUGGUGACCGUGGACAGUGAAUCUGGGGACGUCCUGUGGAUCCAAAACUACGCCUCCCCCGUGGUGGCCUUUUAUGUGUGGCAGCGGGAGGGUCUCAGGAAGGUGAUGCACAUCAAUGUUGCGGUGGAAACCUUACGCUACCUGACCUUCAUGUCCGGGGAGGUGGGCCGCAUCACCAAGUGGAAGUACCCGUUCCCCAAGGAGACGGAGGCCAAGAGCAAGCUGACGCCUACCCUGUAUGUGGGGAAGUAUUCUACCAGCCUCUAUGCCUCCCCGUCGAUGGUGCACGAGGGGGUUGCUGUUGUGCCCCGAGGCAGCACCCUUCCUUUGCUGGAAGGCCCCCAGACCGAAGGUGUCACCAUUGGGGACAAAGGGGAGUGUGUGAUCACACCCAGCACGGACCUCAAGUUUGACCCUGGACUCAAAGGGAAGAACAAGCUCAACUACUUGCGGAAUUACUGGCUCCUCAUAGGACACCAUGAAACUCCACUGUCUGCAUCCACCAAGAUGCUGGAGAGAUUUCCCAACAAUCUGCCCAAACAUCGGGAAAAUGUGAUUCCUGCUGAUUCUGAGAAAAAGAGUUUUGAGGAAGUUAUCAACCUGGUGGACCAGGCUUCAGAAAACGCGCCCACCAUGGUUUCUCAGGAUGUGGAAGAGAAGUCGGUGCAGGCACCUGCCAGGCCCGAGGCUCCCGUGGACUCCGUGUUGAAGGACGUUGCCACCAUCAUCCUGAGCACAUUCCUGCUGAUCGGCUGGGUUGCCUUCAUCAUCACCUACCCCCUGGGAGCCUCCUCUUUCCUGGCUGCUCGUCUCCCUGGCAGAAGGGGCUGCACUGGUCUGGAUGUGUGUUUCUCUUCCCAGAGCAUGCGUCAACAGCAGCAGCUGCAGCACCAGCAAUUCCAGAAGGAGCUGGAGAAAAUUCAGCUCCUGCAACAGCAGCAGCUGCCCUUCCACCCACCUGGAGACGUGGCUCAGGACACGGAGCUCCUGGACACAUCCGGCCUGUACUCAGAGAGCUCAGGCACCAGCAGCCCCAGCACAUCCCCCAGAGCCUCCAACCACUCGCUCCACUCCAGCAGCUCUGUCUCCAAGGCUGGCAACAACCCUGGCCUAGAGCAGGACGAUGAAGAUGAGGAAACCAGCAUGGUGUUGGUUGGGAAGAUUUCGUUUUGUCCCAAGGACGUCCUGGGCCACGGAGCUGAAGGCACAAUUGUCUACCGGGGCAAGUUUGACAACCGUGAUGUGGCUGUGAAGAGGAUCCUCCCCGAGUGUUUUAGUUUUGCAGACCGUGAGGUUAGGCUGCUGCGUGAAUCAGACGAGCACCCAAAUGUGAUCCGUUACUUCUGUACUGAGCGGGACCGGCAGUUCCAGUACAUCGCCAUCGAGCUGUGUGCUGCCACCCUGCAGGAGUAUGUGGAGCAGAAGGACUUUACCCACCUUGGCCUGGAGCCCAUUGCCUUGCUGCAGCAGACCACCUCGGGCCUGGCACACCUCCACUCCCUCAACAUCGUUCACAGAGACCUGAAACCCCACAACAUCCUCCUUUCCAUGCCCAAUGCACAUGGCAAGAUCAAGGCCAUGAUCUCUGACUUCGGCCUGUGCAAGAAGCUUGCAGUGGGCAGGCACAGCUUCAGCCGCCGUUCUGGGGUGCCUGGCACGGAAGGCUGGAUCGCUCCCGAGAUGCUGAGUGAGGACUGUAAGGAGAACCCCACCUACACAGUGGACAUCUUCUCUGCGGGCUGCGUCUUUUACUAUGUGAUAUCUGAGGGCAGCCACCCUUUUGGCAAAUCCCUGCAGCGGCAGGCCAACAUCCUCCUGGGUGCCUACAGCCUUGACUGCUUACACCCAGAGAAGCACGAAGACAUCAUUGCACGUGAGUUAAUAGAGAAAAUGAUUGCAAUGGAUCCUCAGAAACGGCCCUCAGCAAAGCAUGUGUUAAAACAUCCAUUCUUCUGGGAUGUGGAAAAGCAGCUCCAAUUCUUUCAGGACGUGAGUGACCGAAUAGAAAAGGAGUCCCUGGACGGCCCGAUUGUGAAGCAGCUGGAGCGAGGCGGAAGAGCUGUGGUGAAGAUGGACUGGAGGGAGAACAUCACCGUCCCCCUCCAGACAGACCUUCGUAAAUUCAGAACCUAUAAAGGUGGCUCCGUCAGAGAUCUCCUCCGAGCCAUGAGAAAUAAGAAGCACCACUACCGGGAGCUCCCCAUGGAGGUGCGGGAGACGCUGGGCUCCCUCCCUGACGACUUUGUGCGCUACUUCACCUCGCGCUUCCCCCACCUUCUCUCCCACACCCACCGGGCCAUGGAGCUGUGCAGCCACGAGAGACUCUUCCAGCCCUACUACUCCCAGGAGCCCCCAGAACCCCGGCCCCCGGUGACCCCAGAUGCCCUCUGAGCCAGGGCAGGUCCGCCAUUCUGGGAGGCCCCAGCUGUGACUGAGGGCCGGGUCUGUUCAACCCGGAGCUGACACCGCCGGCCUAGCAGGGAGCCCACCUUCCCAACCAAGUGCCUUGAGCUGCCUGCUCCGCAGCCAGCAGAGGAUAAUGCUGGCCCCAGGCAGUGGGAGAGGUGACCCCUCCUGACCAGCAGAACUGGGCAAACAUUGGCCGUGAACGCUUUACAAUCAGGGAUGUCUGCAAAGGAGGGUCCACCCAGAGGCAGCGAAAGGAGCACCUUUGACCUUCAGCUGGAUGAACUUGCUUCAGGCUUCUGUGUCUUUUAAAAACUCCUGUUUGAUGUAAUCCCGUGGGCUGAAAGAGCCUCUGAGGAAGGGAGAGAAGGAAUCCUCAGCUCUGCCUGCGUGCUGGGACCAGGGGCAUGUCUGUCCUCAGCCAGCUGGGCUGGGGAAGCACCGAGUGCUGCCUCCAACUGGAAGUGGGGCCCAGGAGGGGGGCUGCCGAGGAGGAGGUUCAGAGGGGGUCGCCCCUGGGGCAGGAGGUGGCGCAUGGAUCACGAAUGAGCCCCGAGGAGCCCAGGCCACUGCUAAUUGGUAUUUUCUCAGAGGCAGCGAGAACCUUGCAUGGGGCGCAGCGUUAGAGACUGGCCAGCAGUGCGUUCUGGACAGGGAGGUCGGAGCCGCAGGUUUCUCUCCGAAACAAAGAGGACACUCGUCCCAGAGGCAGCUGCGGCCCAGGGCACUGGUGGCUUGAACCGUGACCUGUGGUGGGUUUGUGCCCUGGGCCAUUGGGGGUGUUCAGGAGCUGCUGGGGGUGGGUGGCAUGAAGGGGAGCGGCUCCGACCCAGCCUGAGCAAGCGGACGGGGAGCAGGCUGAGGGGGCACUCACAGCCGCCAGGGCAUCUCCAGGGGCAGCGGGGAGGAGGCCCCCCUGCCCUGAGGCUGCAGGACGGAGCUGCUCGGGGGUGGGAGGCCAGCCAGGGUCACCACACUUAGUGGGCAGACUUCCAUGUCUUUCUUCAAAUUUUAAUAACUUUAGAUUUUGAUCAAACCAUAGAAUGCUGCAUCAGCUGUAAGUAAGCUAAACUUAACUUUACGCUUACUCAUGAAGAAGAAAUGCAAGAUUCAUCUUUUGUGUGGUUAAACUACCAGGAAUCUCCAUUCCCCUCAAGAAAGAAUGCUCGUAUUUAGAGCGUUCUCUCAUGCUGACGAAUAAAACAUCAUAGCAACAGCAUGUACAUGUAUUAAACAACUUCAAAGUUACAUUCCCUAAAUUAUGUCAAUGCCAGAUCCUUUUUUUCCCCCAAAAUUUAAUAUAAUUUUUAGCUUUAAUUUUAGUCAACAAUUCCUCUGUCUUUUCUCUACCAAGAGCCUUAGAGGUUAAAUGUAACCAGGGACCCUGGAAGGAAACGGUCCCAGCGUACUUUCUCCAGUGCUGGUGAGCUCUGCAGACUCCACUCAGGAGUAAGAAUUUAAUUGUCUAGUUUUACUAACUUAGAGAGAAAUCACUGUUUCUUCUUCUUGUAGGAUGUUCUCUGAUUGUGUGUUUUUAUCAGGGCCACUCAUCAAAAGUUCUUAUUCUGGCUUUGUAGAAUUCACUUUUCUUCCUGUCAUAAUGCCAAAAGUAACUUUUCCCCCUUAAUAUUCAUAUUAUCCUAUGUCUUUCAACCUCAUCGAUGACUUCAUUUGGACCCUGGAGCCAGGCCAUUGCGUCGUCUGCCACAUUGUCUGUCCUUCAGGAACACUGCCAGAUGACUUCUCUCCUCCACACGCUGAUGCCCUGUGACGGGAUGGUUUAGAUGCCGUCCUCCACAUGGCUCCACGUCAGCUUGGCCCAUGGCCUCGAGUGGUGACAACCUGAGAGUCAGGGUAGAAGGUGCCACAAGUGACUAAACAGGACUUCCGGCCUCCUGUGCCACCUCUCCUUGUUCUCGUCACUGAAGUUUCUCUUUGGGGAGUAGCUGGGUGAUUUCUAGUUGUGCAGUGGUUGUGGUAUGUCCCCGUUUUGGCUGGACUCACCACUGGGACAACUUUUUUCAAAUUCCUUUUCUACUAAUUGAAUUAGUUUCCAACCACCCCAAAUUUCUCAAACUUGUUUAUUCACUGUUUUUUAUUUGAGUGCUUAUUACAUGAGUGAGGCCUGAUCCUGGGCGCUAGGGAUACAGAGAUGAACAAGAUAGACAAAAUUUCUGCCUUUGAAGAGCAUACAGUGAGAGAGACAACAAGAAGCAUCCGUGCUACGAAGGAAUCAAAAAGUGUGCGGGCUGAGGCCUGCACCCUGGGUUUACAUCAUGCUGUCCCAGAGCCCACCCAGAUCUGGUCAGGUCACCUUCUGUCUGUCUGUCUCUGUCAUCUUGAGAAACCCAGUCACUCAUCAGGCCCUCGGAGGUUUGAAAAAGUCUCAUGUGGACACUCAUCAUGGAAAAGACCUUGGGCAUCGUCUGGCAAAUCCAAUUCUAGUCUCUAGAAUUCCAGUGUCCUGUUGUGCUCGGUGCAGCAUGCAGUUGUCUUGUGGACUAGAACAAAGAUCUACCACGUUUUCCAUCAUGUGGUGGCUGAGCUGUUUGAUUCUGGGACUUCUGCAACUACUGGAAGGCUAUUUAACUUUUAUUUUUCCGUUUAACUUGUUAGAAGUACACUAUCUUCUUCUUUAAGACAGAUGUAGUUACAUCUGUUAGGAGCCCAAAGGACAUGAUAAUUUAUUUAGAUCUUGUGUUGAACCAUCUUUAGCUUGUGUGUGUGUACGUGCACGUCCAUGUGGGAAUUUCUGUUGUACUUCUUGAGUCUUUAAAACUUCACCGGGUGUCAAAGCAUUUGCACUUUCGGGGUUGUUGGUAUUACUUGGUAAGUUGCUGUAUCCCCUAGUUGCUGACAUAGAAAAUCCUGGAUGCCAAGUUCCUUCGCACCCCACCCCAGUGCAGUAGUCGCCAUGGGCUCUUUGCAGUGAGGGGCCCCUCUGGUCAAGGACGUCUGUUGUACUGGAAGAUCCACAGGUUACUGGAUCCAGAAAAGUAUUCUUCCCACUCUAGAAGAAAGAUCCUCAUCAGUUAACCCUGAUCCUCCUCGGUAAGGUUUUGUGUGCAGGUACUUCAUUUAUCAUUGGCUUUUCUUCUCACCGCAAUAAAAGAGACUAAUUGGUUGCUGAUCUAACCUUUCUUGUGGCUGUGGGGACUUCCGGUUGUAAAACUUUCUCUCCUUGGCCGCUGUCUUUUCAGAACUUGGACUUUGGCCAGGUUUGGUUUUCCCAAAACUGUUUCCAUCUCCCUCUGGGUCUGUUGCAUUUGAUUCUGGUGGCCUCGGGGAAGGGGGGCUGGCUCGGCUUUCCCAGCCUCUGCACUGGGAGAGCUGGGAGGGAAAGACAGCACACCUGCAGAGAGCCUCUUGACAACCUUGGUUUAACUUUUCCCUCUCUGCUCUUUUAGUUUAUGAAACUGAUUAUCUGUGUAUUUCCCAGCGUUUCUUUUCCUUGUCUGUUACUUUGCCAUCCUGGAGUAGCUGUUGUAGUUGUGUAUGGGCUAGCACUGGCUUUUCCUAGAAGAAACUCAUCAGUUGUCUCAUCAGGUGAGCAAAAAUUCUGCCUUCUGGAGUUGGACCAUUAUCUUUAAAACCAAAGUGUCUCUUCUCUUGUUUUCUUCAUAGAGCAGUAAUUACCUGUGAGUAACUCUGUUUUUGAUUAUUGUAUUGGCACUUAAAUCUUUUCUGUUUUUGUUGGAAAAUUACAAAAGGACGUGUCUGCGAUAUGAGAGAGGAGGCUUAACCACCACCACUAACAGCCAAAGUGCCCCCCACUCUCCCCCAAUUCUCUCCUGCCUGUGCUCUUUCUGUGUUUGGUGGAUACAGUAUUCCUUUUCAGUAUCCCUAAAGCUGUGACGGGGGAGACCCCACUUACCUGGAAAGCAUUACCGGUCACUUUUGCGGCAUUCUCACAUGCAUGCCUUGUGUAGUGUUCUGUUUGCAAUGACCUAUUUAUUUAACCUAUUUAUAUUUAUUUAAUUUUUACUCCAAAGUGUAUCCAGUUACAAUUGUUCUUGCUUAAAGUGUAUCAGAUUUAUUUUGGACACCGCUGACCAUUAUAAACUGGAAAAGGAGAAGUGAUACUGUAUCCUUCCAAGGGAUGGACGCCUUGCAGUAGUCUUGUCUUAAAGGGUGAACAAUUUGGUCGGGGUAAAAUGUUAAUUUUUAGGUGAUUUUAAAAAGAAAUUCUGUGCCAUUGUGUCUUCUCUGUGGACAAUUACUUGUUGAAUUGGUAUGUGUUAAUUGUGUAAUACAAUCCUCUUUGUGGAGCCUAAAAACCUCUUUUUAGCUUUAUAUUUUAUAAACUGCCAGAUUGUACAACUUUUUUGUAUAUUUUUAAAGCUUGAUGCUGUGAGGGUGAUUAUCUAAGUUAAACAGCAUAUUUUUGUACCUCCUGUACAGUUUUAUAAUUCUGCUGAUUGAUGAUGGUAUCUUAUAUUGAGCCAACCACAAAUAAAGGUAGUUUUAGAUUUGGA